AUGUCUCGCCCUAGAGACAGCCCUAUUGAACCCCCGAAUGAUCGCCCACGUGGAUUUAUUCUCGGUGACCCCACCUUUAAUCCCGGUCUCGAGCAUGGAUUUAUUAUCAGUUACAACCCUACCGUCGAUCACAACAUCGUACUAGAUCGGAGGAACGGACUGAGAAUCGGCACAGGGCGACUCAUUCCAAAGAAGUUCAUCCCUCCGGAUGACGAGAUCACCCCACAGCUCCUCUUCCCAGCUGGUAUUGGAUACCGUGCUACACCCCCGGUUAAACGCUUCAUUCAUCGACAAAAUCCAAGAAGCUUCCUCGUCUACACAGACGGGGCGUGUCUCGGUAACGGUACCGCGAACCCCAGGGCUGGCUGCGGCAUUGUUUUCAGGCCAGAAUCACACUCAGCAGACAACUAUGUCCGCUUCGCCCUUGAGAGCAAAGGUCCUCGAAAUGACCUCCAUCCUCAAACAAGCAACCGUGCUGAGCUACGGGCUGUUAUCGCAGCCUGUCAAUUCCGAAUUUGGUCUGGGGAAGGAUUCAAAACCAUGGUCAUUGCAACGGACUCCGUCUACGUUGUUGAGGGGAUUACAACAUGGAUAAUUGGAUGGAUUCGCCGGGAAUGGCGAACAAAUUCGAGAAAUUUGGUCAAGAAUCGGGAUCUCUGGGAGUGUCUACUUGGGGAGAUAGAGCGGGCAGAUGAGGAAGGAUUGGAUAUCCAAUUUUGGCGUAUUCCACGCGAGUGGAAUACAGAUGCUGAUCGUCACGCUAAAAUUGCUGCUGCUGAAGAGAAUAGAAACGAAAACUUUACCAAGCGCUGUGGUGUGCUUGUCUGA